CUGAGAGAUCCGUUCGUGGGGAGAGGAGAGCUGGGACUGCGGCUCCGACGCGCUCCUAUCCCAGCAGCAUCGCAGGAGCGGCCGUUAUCCUCUGCACAUCGGCGACGCGAAGAUGAAAUCUUCUGACAUUGACCAGGAGUUGUUCACUGAAAGUUACUGCAGAGUGUGCAGCGCACAGCUGAUCUCCGAGUCCCAGCGCGUGGCUCACUAUGAGAGUCGGAAACAUGCCAGCAAAGUUCGCCUCUAUUACAUGCUUCACCCCAUCGAUGGAGGCUGUCCAGCCAAAAAACUCCGCUCAGAAAACGGCAGCGACGGCGACUCGGUGGAUAAGAACAAAUGCUGCACGCUAUGUAACAUGUCUUUUACCUCAGCAGUGGUGGCUGAAUCGCAUUACCAAGGGAAAAUCCAUGCCAAAAGGUUAAAGCUGUUGCUAGGUGAGCCGCCGGCGCUGAAAGCCACAGAGACCCUGGGCUCACUGAAGCAGCCCCGUGCAGAUCGGCCUCCAGCAGCAUCCCCACAGCAGCCACGCAGGGAUUCGGAUCGUUAUUGCCAGCUGUGUGCUGCGUGGUUCAACAACCCCGUCAUGGCCCAGCAGCAUUAUGAUGGCAAGAAGCACAAGAAGAACGCGGCCAGGGCUGAGCUGCUGGAACAGCUGGGGAAGACGUUGGACCUGGGCGAGCUGCGAGGCCUGAAGCGCAGCUACACGUGCAACAUCUGCAACGUCACACUGAACUCCAUAGAGCAGUACCACGCGCACCUGAAGGGCUCCAAGCAUCAGACCAAGUGGGUACCACCGUGUUCCGGGGGUCCUCUGCCCAUCUGUGCCUGCUGGGGUGAUGAGGCACAGAAUCACAGAAUGGCCAGGGAAGCAAUGCUUCUUGCUGAGGGCUGA